CGGAAAUGAAGCAGGGACGCUGAAGGCUUUUGGUUUUAGCAGCGUCAACAAUUUAGGCGAAAAUCGAAGCGUGGCAAACGCGAGGUAACUUUAACGUGAAGUUGCACAGAGGAGUUAUUCACAGUCAUGCUCACUCUUGCGAGUACUUUUAUGAAAGCAGGAUGGAAGAAACAAAACGUGAGAUAAAUUGUAUUCUCAAUCGCAACAUGGUUAUUCUUGAAGAUAUUUGGAAACGUCUUGGAAUACCAGAAAAUAAAGUACAAGAUCGGCGGUGUGAUUGUGUGAAUCACUUACGCUUUCUUGUGGAAAACAUGGUCAAAGAAGAAUCAGCAACGGAAAAACGAAUUUCCGACAAUAUUCGUGCAAACGAACAAAUAUCAGAAAUCUUACAAGAAAAAUUGGGAACACUCAGCGAGCAAGAAGAAAUAUUAAUCAAACAAGCGCCUUCUGGAGCAAUGAGUGAAACUAUUUUGGUUAAGAAUAAGCGACUGGAAGACACAAUCAAAGUAUUAGAAAAACUCAAAGUGAAAAGAAUUCAAAAAACAACUCAGCUCAUCGACGAAUGCCGGAAUUUAUCGCGUGAAGUAUCCUCUAUUCCACACGAGCUUACCUUUGUGAAAUUUGGAGACAGGAUACCAACAAUUCUUGAGAUUGACAACUUGUUAAAUUCAUCCAAUGAUCUCAAAAAAGAAAAGGACAAACGUCUGCAAGAAUUCGGAGAAAUUCGACCACGCGUUGCCAAGUGGAUGACAGAGCUCGGAAUAUCGCCUGAUGACACAUUUGAAAUCAAUUUGUUAGUGGAACCGGAUGAUGCAUUUAUUGUCACAAACGAGAACAUGGAUCGUUUGAGACAACUUGAGAAAAAUACCAAAAACUCCAGGGAUGAACGAGAGAAAGAAAUAUUAGAUAUAAAAUCAAAAGUAACUCAAAUGUGGGAUCUUAUGGAAAUAUCGGUUGAAGAGAGAGUCAAAAUUGAAAACGAGGCUAACGGUUUAAAACAAAAAAACUUGGCAAUUUUAUACGCCGAACUAGAUAAGCUAAAAGAACUGCGCCGUGAUUCUCUUCAAAACUUGACAGAAAAAACUUUAAAUGAGCUACAUAAUAUAAGACGACAAGCUCGCUUAUUGGCUCCCGAUUUAGAAAUUUUUGUAAACCAGCCAGUUUCUGAAGAAUCCCUUGACUUGAUAACAAAUACAUUGGAAGAAACUAAAAUUCUACUCCAAAGUAGGCAACCUAUUUUAGAAAAAGUCUAUUCUUGGAGAGACACGGUUAAUGAGUUGAAAGCAUUCGCGAUCAAAGCGAAAGACCCUUCACGUCUCAGAAAUCGAGGAGGCAAUCUUCUCAAUGAAGAGAAAAAACGGAAACUUUUGGAAAAAUCAUUGCCUAAAAUAACAGCAGCUAUGAUGAAAGACAUUGCUAUGUGGGAAGAGAAUAAUGGCGAGUUUCUUAUUGAUGGAAUAACUGUUGAUGAAUUUAGAAAAGGAGUAACGGAAGAAAAAGAAAAUGAACAGACGCAAGAGCAACAGAAAAAGAAACGAAAACUGGAAACUGAAAUGAAGUACGGCAGCUCGAAUCCUCAUAGGGCGAAGAAGUCAAGAACUGAUAUUAAAAUAAUUUUGAGCAAAGAUGAUGACGACACUGCUACGUCAUCGCAAAACGGUUCCACAUUGGGAGAGGUCAAACUUACAGCCUGGGGUUCGAUGAGAUAUUCUCCUAAUAAACCUCCAGUUGCACCAAAAACAACUACGUCUAAGGAUUCUAAAGUUAAGAAGAUGACAAAGGUCGGAGUCGCAAUAAAACAAUAUACGUCAAAAGUACUGAAAACGAACAUAAGUUGCAGAAAAAGUUCUGCUACCACCGACAAUCUGCUGGAACCGUCAACAAGUGGAACAUUUGCAAAUCGAAAAAUGCGUAGACGAUCAAAAUCGCUUAGCUGCAUGGUACAGGAUAACGCAGCACAACAUUCUAAGUUAUCUGCUUAUAAACCAGGUAGCCGUUUACCUUUGCCGUCAGCAACGAAUCCAUCAAAAAUGUUCACGCCAAAGAGACGCCACGAAAGCACUCGUAUUGCCACUGGUGGAUUCCAGAUAAGCAGCCGUGCAGAGCAAAGUACACUAUCAAUGUUGAGUGAAACAAUCGAAAGUAGACCAUCAUGUAUGGACCAGAGUGUCAGUGCCAGAUUUUCAACAGUGAGUCAGCAUGAUUUUGAUCGUGAAUUGUUGGGUGACAGACCGAGAAAUGCGAGGAGUAGUAUAAUACCAAGCAGAAAAGUUAGAUAAAAUGAUGCCUACCUCUUGGUGUGAUCAAAAUGACAUUUUUUGUUAAUUCUUCAACAUUCAGCUAAAUGGUAAUCUACCCAUCAUUAUAACUGUUUCUAUAUCCCCAACUCCAAACAUAAUGUGAUGCUGUAUGUUUGUAACGUUGGUACCUUUGUUUGUCCUACUCCUUGCUGUGAUCCAAUUGAUUUUUUUUCAAUAAUUCUUCAACAUUUAGCUAAAUGAUAAUCUAACCAUCGUUAUGGACGUUUUCCUAUAUCUGCCAACUCCAUCUAUAUCUGUAACUUCAAACAAGAUGUGAUACUGUAUGUUUGUAAUGUAAGUACAUUCGUUUGUCCUACUCCUUGUUCCUGUUGUGAUCAAAAUGGCCUUUUUUUGAUAAUUCAUCAACAUUAAGCUAAAUGAUAAUCUACCCAUUAUUAUAAACGUUUACCUAUCUCUGCAACAAUAUGUGUUGCUGUAUGUGUGUAAUGUUAGUACAUUUGUUUGUAAAUAUUGUUUUAUAAACAUACGCUCACCCAAUCAUGUUGCACUGUUUCGCAUGGAUGCCUUUGUUUCAUAGGUUUUGAUAGCACACACGUGGCCAUAUUUAAUUGAAGUUUCAGCAUUCAUUCCAAAUGGCUUAAACGCUUAUAUCUACGUAUUUUCGACCUCUUGUAAGACAAUCCUUUGUUACUAAACGCUUUGUUUUCUUAUCUUGGGCGUAAAUAUCUUCUAGUCAACUAGAAGUCAACUGACUUUUCAACUUUUCAUUAAACUUGAGUGUUUUCAUUUGCUUGCUUACCGAGUAAUAUAUUUUUCGGCAUGUAAAAUACAACAUUAAUGAAAAAA